AAUACGUAUCUUCUUUUAUUUUCGUGCUUGGGAGGUCUGGCCCUCGAAGUCCAGGAAUUGAUCAUUGAUCACUUAUAACACAUUUCAUCUGUGAUUUCAGGUUUUGUAUGGUUUAUUCUUUCAUUGAAGAAGAGAUAUUACAAGUAUCAGUUUGGCCAGUAUGCAUGGACACAUAUGAUACUUAUUGUUGUGUUUACCCAGUCUGCGUUCACUGUAGCCAACAUAUUUGCAGGGAUAUUCUGGUUUCUUUUCCCUGCAUCCCUUAUUGCCAUGAAUGAUGUUGGUGCGUAUUUCUUCGGUUUCUAUUUUGGGAGAACACCUCUGAUAAAGCUUUCUCCAAAGAAAACCUGGGAAGGUUUCAUUGGAGCGUCUGUUGCCACUAUGAUUGCUGCAUUCACGUUUGCAAACUUCUUAGGUCGCUUCCAGUGGCUAACAUGUCCAAGGAAGGAUUUAGCAACUGGUUGGCUUCAGUGUGACCCUGACCCAAUUUUUAAGCCAGAUUAUAUUCCAUUGCCAGGAUUGAUUUCUCAUUGGCUUCCUUGGAAAGAGAUAGCAGUUUUGCCAGUACAGUGGGAUGCCUUGUGGAUGGGACUAUUUGCAUCAAUUAUAGCACCAUUUGGAGGUUUUUUUGCUAGUGGUUUCAAAAGAGCUUUUAAAAUCAAAGACUUUGGCGACAGUAUACCUGGACAUGGUGGAUUUACAGACAGAAUGGACUGCCAGAUGGUAAUGGCUGUUUUCGUCUACAUUUACCAUCAAUCGUUCGUUGUAGGCCAAGACUAUUCAGUUGAGACGUUAUUGGACCAGAUAAUGAGGAACCUUGGUUCAGAGGAGCAGCUAUCUCUCUACACAAAACUCGGGCAGAUAUUGCAGCAAAGGCGUUUAUGACAAGUUCACUAUACACUUAAUAAAGCAUAUGAUUCAAUUAGUGUUAUAUUUGUAGAUGAAGACCCUGUUGGAACAAGUGGUGGAGAUUAGUGAAAAAAAAAUUUAGACCUCUUUUUUAGCUGCUGAACUAU